GAUCUAUAAAUUGUGAUGACAGGAGCAAGUAAUUCUCAUUCAAGCUCUAACCUGGAGAGAGAUAUGGCACUUAGUACUAAAACAAAUCAGGUUGUGAUUAAGUCAGAUUGUGAUGCUUUUCACCAGUUAUGGAAGGCAAACCCCAACCAAGUUCCCACCUUGACACCGAGUUACAUCCAAAACUGUCAAGUCCAUGAAGGUGAAGUUGGAAACCUGGGCUGUUGUCUCUUCUGGAACUAUUUUCAUGAUGGAAAAGACCGUGUUGGAAAAACAAUAACCACGGAUUUCGACGAGGGAAAAAAGUCAGUCACAUUUAAGGUAGUUGAAGGUGAUCUCAUGGAUUUAUAUAAGACCUUUGUUAUACAUAUUCAAGCAGACAAACAUGGUUCAGACAACAUUGUCACAUGGACUGUUGAGUAUGAGAAGUUGAACCCUAAUGUUCCUGAUCCCGAUACGCUGAUGGAAUUCUACGAGAAGGUUACCAGAGACAUAGAGGCUUGCCAACUCCCCAAUUAAAUAAAUCAAAAUCUAAUGCCAUAUCAAUACAGGCGACUAUAACUGAUAUUCUUUGUAUCAGAUGUUGCACUACGUUGUUAUCUUAUGUUUUAUGUGCCUGUUAUAUGUAAUAAAUGGUAUUGUCAUAAUAAACAUGGUUUGAUAUACUAAA